UGGCUGCAGUCGGUCAGAUUUUUCAAGGCGGCUGCUGAAGACCUGCUGUUCGUCGCACCGCGGCCGUAAUGAAUCUGCAGUAGUGGCUGGUAGUCCGCAACCACUAAUUUUACCAGAUUACGUAAUCACCAUUGUUACAAUUGCUAGUCCGUAAAACGGCCGUCAUAGCCAAUUUAUUGCCAUAUCGGCUCGACUGGUUCGAAUCCCGACCGUCGAAAGGGUUGCAGAUUCAGCGAUUGCCGCACGUCCUGAUUUCGACGCGCGAUUUUAAAGGGUUUUUUGGAAUGGCGGGACCAUGGGCGUGGGCCGCUUUGGUCGCUAUCCCCGUGAUAGUGGCUUCGUUUGAGAUCGUCGCGUGGGCUUUCCGGCCAAAGCGAAUCUCUCUGAAGGGAAAGGCGGUGCUGGUAGUGGGCGGGUCUAGCGGCAUCGGGCUCUGCAUGGCAGAGUUGGCUGUGAAGCAGGGGGCGAGAGUGGCGAUUGUUGCACGCAACAAGGAGCGACUGGCGUCAGCACACAAGCAGUUGGAGGCCCUACUACCGCCAGACGCUCCCUCUGCUGAUUUCCUCCUGUCUGUAGCGGCCGAUGCAGCGAAUCCAGACGAUGCGAGGAGAGCCGUUGAUCAGGCGGUGGCCGCGUUUGGACGGCUGGAUGCGGUGAUCUGCUGCCAAGGGCAGAGCACUCCGCACCCGUUCGAAUUCGACACAGUGGAAAACCAACAGCAGCUCAUGAGCGUCAACUACUGGGCCUCAGUCUACACAAUCCGAGCGGCUCUCCCUGCAAUCAAGAGAGCCGGCCAGGAGGGGCGGAUUGUAUUGGUCUCCUCCCAAGCAGGGCAGGUGGGCAUCUACGGCUACACUGCUUAUUCAGCUGCCAAGUUCGCGCUCAGGGGGUUAGCAGAGGCGCUGCAGAUGGAGCUGGUGCACGUGGGCACGCGGGUGGUCAUGCUCUUUCCUCCUGACACCGACACGCCUCAAUUGCACCAAGAGAAUGAGACGAAGCCCGAGGUCACCAAGGCCAUCACAGGGACCAACAAGCCCUUCCCUCCCAUGGCGGUAGCGCGAGCUGCGAUCUCAGCCGUUGAACGGGGAGAUUUCCUCGCUCCAGUAGGAUUCGACGGCUGGAUGCUCAGCAUCGCCACUGCUGGCAUGGCACCCUGUGUGUCGCUCAACAAGCUCUUACUGGAGCUGCUUCUAGCGGGGCCGUUGCGGCUGGUGGCAGCAGCGACAGUGGCGGGGUUCAAUGCGAGCGCGAGGCGGUGGCACAGAAUCAACCACGGCAGGGGCACGUGUGAGAACAAGAAAGUUGAGUAGUCUGGACUUCCAUGAUUUUUAUGCUUUCAUGUAUAAGUGCAUUUAUUUCCAACGAUUUGGAGUCUUAAAUGUAAGAUUGAGGCUUCACCACAGAGUGCAGUGCAGAUUGUUUUGGUGAAGCGUUUCGUAACAAAUUCAGCUCCAUUUG